UUAACAUAUAUUGAGGACAUAAUGGCCAUGAGUAUGAGGCAGAGAAGAGGUGGAAACACCGUUUACCACCCUCUUAUGAGAAUUUCCAGCCUAAUUCACAGUGGAUUGAAGAAGAUAGGGCAACCAUUUUACAGGUUAAUGUUCAAGGUUUCCUUAAGGACCAAAUCAAGGUGGAAUACGACGAAUCCGCAGGCCUAAUCAGGGUUAGCGGAGAGCGUCGGAUUCUAAACAGGAGACAUCUUCGUUUUAAAGAACAGUUUAGUGCACCAGAAGACUGUAAUCCCAGAGAAAUGGAAAUCCAAUUUGAUGAAGGGAUUCUCAGGAUUACAAUUCCAAAGCUCAACAUUGGUCCAAAAGAGAAUGCCAAGGAAACCAUCCUUCAAGAAGCCUUAAUAGAGCCUAUACCUCCAAAUGGUCAUGAAGAUAUUCUGCCUAAAACAACAUCAGACACCAACAAUGAACAACAAAAACCAGAGGAAAAAAUUGAAGCUGUAAUCUCCCAAAGAUCAAGCGAAGCCGAGAAUGUCAUGGAGGAUGAUAAGGAAGAUGAAAUUGGUGAGAGAAGUAAAGAAUCAAAGACAAGUACUGUUAGUGUUCUUGAAAACAAAGAGAAGGAAAAGAAUGAAAGUGACACUAAUUUGGAGACUAAGAGAGGUGGUGGUGAUUAUGAAGAGAAGCCUGGGAAGGUUGGUGUUUCCAAUACUGGACAGAAUGAAGAGAAGCAAAUGCUGAUAAAUGUUGGUGCAGCACCUUUGGUAAUAUUUACAGUUAGUGCUCAACUAUACAAUGCCAUUAUUGGUUUCAGCAGUCCAAGUUAAUCAGAACCAUAUAUAGAUUUGAUCCAAAUUCAUCCUCACACAUUCAUGCACAAAAUGUAUACCAUCUCUUGAGUUAGCAAUAUUCAUGAAAGGUUUAAUGCUAGUUUCUCCCAAUCAUCAUCUUCUUCUU